GUGGGUGAAAGUCAAGAAUAGAAGAUCGUGUGCUUUGAACGGUUAAACAAAUGAAAACAGAGGUUUUGAGAGCAGGGCAGCGUGGUUAUUAUGCUCGAUCUUCAAAACAAGUAACUUACAGUAAGCUGUUGAAUUCAUUCUCUCAUUCAAGUAAGAUGAGAAUCUGUGCUUUCGAACGCUGCUCUAAUUCUACAUAUAAACUCGAGAAAUGGAGGAACUCAGAAUGCAGCAUUCACAAAUCAAAGCAGCGAAGUUGUGAAUGCAAUCCACCAUUCGUGUUAUUUUCCUUCCCCUCGGAAAAGAUUGAUGGUAACAACCGACGCGAGUGGAUUAAAAUAGUCAACAGAAAAGAUUCUAAAACGGGAAAGAUCUGGCAACCAACCACAGAUUCAAGAAUUUGUUCAAGACACUUUAUUGGCGGAAAACCAAACCAGGCUUAUUGUGUACCCAAUACUAAUCUUGCAGUAGAAAUUCCUGGGGGUCAUGGUGCUAAUAGAGAAGCUGAAGUUAAAGAAGAAAAGAAAAGGAGGGCACCUCCAAGGGAGCGGUGUGAUAUAAAAGUACCAAGAAAGACACCAUCUACAUGUACUGACUCACAAACUGAGCAAACGCAAUCAUCUGUGCUUAAUACAGAUCAUUGUUAUGCAUCAACAUCAAAUCCUGCACAAUGUGAAUGUGGCUUAAAAGAGAGCUGGACAAAGCACACUCUGAAAUUGCAAACCCAAAACAACAAACAGCUAGCAGAGACCAGCCUAGCAUUUCUAGGUUUAUUGAGACUGAUAAGAAGGUGGAAACAUACACUGGUAUACCCAACAGGAUGGCAUUGAAUGAUUUGCAUAAUCAUUUACACAUGAAGGCCAAGAAAAUACGAUAUUGGGCAGGAACAAAAAAAGUGAUUGUUACAAAGGUCAAGAAAUUUGUUC